AUGACAGAUUGUAAACCUAGAUUGACACCAUGUGAGCAAAAACUGGACCAAAGUGAUCGCAAUGAUCCCAUAGAUGCAAGAAAAUAUCGAGAGAUAGUAGGUAGCUUGCUGUAUGUUAUGACCUGUACAAGGCCAGAUUUAAGCUGGGUGAUCAGUAACCUGUCACAAUACUUAUCAGAGCCAACAGAACAACAUUUAACCACAGCUAAGCAUGUGAUGAGGUACUUAAAGCGUACUAUUGACUAUGAGUUGUGCUACAAAAAAUGUAGUGAAAACUUGAAACUCGAGGUGUAUAGUGAUGCCGAUUGGGCCUCUGAUGUGAAUGAUAGGAGGAGUAUGACUGGAUACUGCUUUAGCCUAACCAAGAAUGGUCCUCUGAUUGAAUGGAAAUCAAAGAAACAGCCCACAGUAGCUUAA